AUGGCGGCCACCCGGUACCUGUGCUGGGGUCUGAGCCGAGCCGGAGCCUGGCUGCUGCCGCCGCCUGCGCGCUGCCCCUGCCGGGCUCUGCACAAACAGGUAUACGGUACCGAGUUCCAGAGCAUCUACAGCUUGGACAAGCUCUACCCCGAGUCGCGGGGCUCGGACACCGCCUGGAGGGUCCCGGAUGAUGCAAAGCAAGCCAACAAUGACAUUCCUCUGGAUCGCUUGACAAUAUCUUAUUGCCGGAGUAGUGGUCCUGGGGGCCAGAAUGUUAACAAAGUGAAUUCCAAGGCUGAAGUCAGGUUCCAUUUGGCAACUGCCGACUGGAUUGCAGAGCCUGUGCGACAGAAAAUGGCCAUCACGCAUAAAAAUAAGAUCAACAGGUCAGGAGAGUUGAUACUCACCUCUGAAUGCAGCCGCUAUCAGUUCCGAAAUCUGGCAGAUUGCCUCCAGAAAAUUCGAGACAUGAUCGCUGAGGCCAGCCAGCCAGCCAAGGAGCCAUCCAAAGAAGAUGCUCUGCUACAGAGAAUCAGGAUAGAAAACAUGAAUCGGGAAAGGCUGAGAAAAAAGAGAAUAAAUUCUACCAUAAAGACAAGCAGGAGGGUAGAUAUGGACUGAAGUCAUCCUCCAGAGCCGGCAAAGGCCCUCUUCAGGGCAUGCAUGCAGCUGCAGCCGAGGGAGCUCUAACACCAGCAGGCGACUUCUUUGUUGGUCGUGGUUGUUAACGUUUGUCUAACACUGGAGCCAUCAUGAGAGUGUUCAAUUGCACUGGUUGCAGUCACUGUUUGCAAAGGUCUUUAUAAGCAAUCACGUGUUGUCAAACCUUAAUUAUCUAUUUGAUACAUUAGCUGCAAUAAAAUUCUAAAUGCA